AUGGCCAGCAACCAAGUCAUACUGUUUCUCUUCUACGGAGAAAUCUGGAAAUCCCUUUCCACACCGAUACCUCAAAACGUCUCCAUGAAUAGAAGAAAUGCAUACACCAGUAUCAGGAGUCCAGUAGAAGACAAAGCUUCUGUGGAUCACUUGCAAGCAACGGUGCCCAGUUUACACAAACCUGGAAGAGCACUGACCGUUACGACACCGCCUCCGCUCCCCAAAGCGGGCGCAGAACCUAGCGAUGGAAGCUGGGCAGCGGCGCUGAUGAUUGGCAUCAUUUUGAUUAGCAUGAUAAUGUCUAUUAUCGUAAUUCUUCUGUGGAAAUGCUGCAAGAGGCCAGUCCUAGUUGAUUCAAAUUGGGCAGGACGUUCUCCAUUUGCAGAUGGAGACACACCAGAUGUCUUUGCGGACACUGACCAGGCUACCAAACAUUCAUCGGUUUUAUUCACGUUGCCUUGGAAACUGAAAGAAGACACAAGCUUACAGAAUGAUCCCAUUGCAUCAGAGAGACCAGCCAACUGCACCACCAGGAACGAAAACGGCCAGCUGCCUCCACCAGUAGAAGACCGCCCUGCAGCCAGGAUUUCGGUUUCCAGCCCAGAAGCGUCUCCAGCUCCCGCCGCGGCAGCAGCAGGCUGCGCACGCGACUCCCGGCCUCACCCAGCGGCCGCACCCCAGUCCCCCGCUCUGCCUCCUCCACCCACCUGGCUCCUGGAACCAGCCGGGGACCACGGCUCAGACCCCAGCAAGCACCGCCAAGUUCACUCGGAAACGGAGCAACAGCUGCCCCCGCCACCCGAGUUCCUUAUUCAAGAGACUCACCAACCACUGCCCCAGCUGCCACAGCCAGAACACCCUCUGUAG